GUCGGAUUAUAUUAUAUUAGUCGCGUGAUUUGUUGUUAAUUUAAAAACAAAAAUGACCGUUGACUAUUUAUCAUGUGGUACAUGUUUUGUCACUUUUCGCCUAUCCGAUAUUAAUAUGUUUAUUGAGCAUAAGAAAACAAGUUGUUGUUUCACGAAAUCACCAUUCAACUCUUUAAAUGUAGAAAAUAACAAAUACACUAUGUCGUCGUCAUCACCCUCAUCAUCAUCGACAUCAUCGACAUCGUUAUUGCCUUCACUUUCUCCAUCAAUGACAUUGUCAUAUUCAAGUGUUAUGAACAAAAAUAACAACAGUAAUGAUGAUGACGAUACUACUACUACUACUACUACUACUAACACAUUAGAAUCACAAAAUACUAAUACUGGUUUCUUAACCUGUGUUCAAUGUUCACGUAAAUUCACUACACCAUGGUCAUUUCUAAUUCAUGUACAAUUGGAACAUCAAUUAAUAUUUAUUAAUACAAUUGAAAAAUUCUCUCAAAAAAAUCAUCAACAAGAAUCAAGAAAAAUCUUGUCAUCCAAUGUUGACGAAUUAUUACAUAAUACAGAUAUUGAUGAUGAAGAUGAAGAUGAUGCUGAUGAUGACGAGGAGGAGGAGGAGGAUGACAAUGCUGAUGAUGUGGAUGAAUGUGAAACUGGUGUAAUGCACACCAUUGAUAAAUUACUUUCAGAAAAAGUGGAUAUAUCUGAUUGUGAUACAAUCAUUAGUCCUGUUAUUCUUACUCCUAAUAAUGAUAAUACUACUUGUCUUACAACUACAACAACUACUACUACUACUUUAACAACGACUACUAGUACUACUACUACUAAUAAUAAUAAUAAUAAUAUCAAUACUAGCAAUACUAUCAGUAACACUACUUAUACAGAUAUCAGUAGUAGUAGUAGUAGUCCUAACAACACUCAUAAUGCCACAACACAAACUUAUCUUACUGGAAUUAAACAACAUAGUAUACCGCAUAGAAAACGUAAAUAUGUUAAUUGUUGUAUAGGUGAAUCACUAGUGAAUUGUAGUAAAUUAAACAAUAUAACAACUUGUUCAAAUGGUAAUAAUUGUAAUCUUAAUUUAUCAUCUUGUUGUAAUACUUUGUCAACUGGUAUAUGUCCUUAUAAUUUUAACAAUACUACUACUAUUACUACUAAUAAUAAUACUAAUAACAGUAGUAAUAUGAACAGUGAUCAUACGAAUAACAAUGACAAUUCUAAUCUAUUUGUCAAUGAUUAUUGUUGUACUGCUAGACCACUGAUUUGUAAACCUACAACAAUAUGUUCCAAUGAAAUUCUAACACAAAAUACAUCAAAAUGUAUCGCUUCAGCAUCAAUUGUGAGUUGUUGUAUGCGUAAACUUGUUUGUUGUACAUCUAAUCAAUCACAAUCAUUGCCAAUAUGUUGUGAUCCUCCAACCGUGAAAUAUGAAUCAAAUAAAAAAAAUCAUAAUCUUAUCAUUGAAGAAACAACUACUACUAAUACAGCUAGAAUUACAUGUUGUCCAUGUUCACCGAAAAAAUUCAAAGUAAGUCAAUCAUCUGAAGAAGUACAAACUGAUUUUGAUCCAGAAUUUAGUUAUUCAGAUUAUGCAGAUUUAGCUAUGUUGUUGAAUGCAACUACACCGAUAACAACAAAUAAUACAAGUCCGUUAAAUUCAAUGUUAUCUCCACAAUUACCAUUAUUAUCUGAUAUAUUUAUACAACCACAACAAAAUGAUGGUGAUGGUACUGCUGUUGCUCCUGGUGCCGCUGCCACCGCGGCUGCUGCUGCUCCUGAUGAUGAGGAUGAUGAUGAUGAAUAUCGUCGAAAUUUUGAAUUAUAUUUAAAACGUGAUUUAGUUAUGAAACCAUAUCUUAAUAUGAUUAAUAAUAGUAAUUCUCAAAUAAAUGAUCAUCAUUUAUCGGCAUCGUCAUCAUCAUCAUCUCAAAUUGAUCCUGUUAAUACUACUCAUAUAUAUACUACUAUCAAUAAUAAUAAUAAUAGUCCAAUUAUAACACCUUCACCUCCUACAUUAGAUGUUAGAAGGAAUUCAACAUCGGUUCCAUGUGAAAAUAUGCUGAUUACAUCGAAUAUUAGUAAUAAUAAUUAUAAUGAUAAAAUAAUCUCAUCCACUGCUAAUGUUCUCCUUCAAAUACCAUCAAUAAUGCAUACAAAUGUUACUACCUAUUCUAAUAAUGAUAAUAACAGUAAUAGUAAUAAUAAUAAUAAUAAUACUAUCAAUAAAUAUUAUUCUGAUUCCAUUCCAUUAAGACGUUAUAUAUGUCGUGAUUGUGGUGUAUCAUUUCGUCAAAAUGUUCAUUUACGUAAACAUAUCAUGAUACAACAUACUAAAGUGAAACCAUACAGUUGUCCUUAUUGUGAAUAUACCACAGUGGAAAAAAGUCAUCUUACAGUACAUGUACGUACACAUACAGGUGAACGACCAUUUAGUUGUCGUGAAUGUAAUUAUUCAUCAGCACAAAAUUGUACAUUAAAAUCACAUUAUUUACGUAAACAUCCAACAAAUUUUAUUGAAUGUAAUUAUUGUUCAGAAAUAUUUUUUACUGAAUUAGAAUUGACAAAACAUCAACGUCUAUGUCGUUUAUCUGUUCGUCAAUAGAUCAGAUUGAUUAUUAUUAGUAGUUUUAUGAUGAUUCUGUGGUCUCUCACCUUUUCAGUGACAUGAUGUUUUAUGUACAGGGGUUUAGGCUAUUUAUUAUUGAUUGAUUGAUUGAUGGAUUAGUGUUAUUGUUGUUUAAAUUCAAUCAAUUAGCAUUAACAAAACAACAUUGUCUGUGAUUAAUUUGUAUAUUAUCAGAAUUAUUUGUUAUUGUAUUCCAUUAUUAAUACGAAUACUAUUACUAUUAUUUAA